UCAACAGAGAACCACGGCAAGCGGCGAAAGUAACUAAACUAGCUCCGGCUUCCUUUCUUUAGAUCACUAUCACUCCAUACAUGUGAAACUGAAUAGGAGAAACCGGUGCUUGGAAACGCUGUCACGCUGUUACGUUGUCGCAGGUCGUGUGCGGCGGUGUUUUCAUUGGGCACGUCGGUGACUUGCUGCUUUACCUACUGUAGAAACGUUAGUUGGGGUGUAAAAUUGUGCCGUUAUCGCAAAUGGCGUCGCUGGAUGUGGCCGCUAUGCCGGCGUGGAUGCCUGCGAGCGACUUGGAAAGCGCUGCUUCUUUUGAUGUCUACACCGCAGCGAGUUUUGGCGACGUGUCGCGUCUGCGAGACCUCUUGAACACGAGGAGGGAUGCAGAUGCGCAAAAUCGUGGUGGCUGGACACCCCUGAUGUACGCUGCUUGCUCUGGCCAGAGGGCGAUCCUGCAGCUGCUACUAGAGCAGGGCGCCAGUGUGAAUCUGCACGGUGGCAGGCAUAAACGCACGGCCACCAUAGUUGCAGCCAUGUAUGGACGCCAACAGUGCAUUGCCCUUCUUCAUCAGCACGGUGCCGACCUUGAGCUGAGGGACCAUGAAGACCGCACGGCUCUGUUCCAUGCUGCUGCCUUGGGCCACGCUGCAGUGGUGCAACUCCUAGUCGACCUUGGAGCCAGCAUCAACUGCGUAGAGCGCUUCAGUGGGCACAGUCCUUUGAGCAUAGCCACAGACCAGAACCAUGACAAUGUGGUGGAGAUCCUUCUGAAUGCCGGCUCGAGAUUCUCACAACCAGCAACGAAUGGGAACACCUUGCACCCUGCCCGCCAGAACAAUAUUCCCAAAACGUCACCUUGUGGUCGAGCCAGGUGCCCUGAAGUAGAGAGCCUGGUUCGUCGUUGUGCCAAUUUAGCUGUGGAAGGAACAUCGCCACGUCCUAGUCUGAACCUGCCUCCCAAGUCGGCUGUUCGUGACCUUGCUGACUUCCUCAGUCACUUUGGCCUGUCCAAGUAUGUGCCAAUGUUGGAGGCUCAGGGUAUUGACCUUGACCAGUUCCUGGCAUUUGGCGAGGCCCAACUUGAGCAGGCAGGCAUACGCCUUGUUGGCCCAAAAAGGAAAAUGGCCAUCGCAAUUUCGUGCUGGAAUGAACGAGAACGCCAGCAAGCAGAACACAAAGGAACAGUACAGAAAGCAUUGCGAUGACUUGCCUCUGCUGCAGACAAUACCCAUUUGGAGCCCUUGCUUUGCUGUCCAAUUUUUAAGUGCCUUACCAGAAAAUUUUGCUGUUUACUGUAACUUAUCUAGGGAGCGCUACCUAGAGGUCUACUGCAAACAUAUUUUUGGAAGUGUUCAGUAGGUAGUAGGGAUAUGUGCAAAUUAAAUGUUGUGAUACGAUGGUGUUGAAGGUGAACCACCCUCACUACAGCAUCCAAGCGGUUCUCCUACACUGUCUCGACCAAUGUCUGCAAGUGAUGAUCUUUUCCUUUUUUUCUCCCACAAUGAAGCCAAGAGUUAAGGUCACGAUUAUGUCAAAGUCAAAGAGUUUAUUCAGACAACGUAUGGUACAGUUAGUUGCCUAGGGCGCAGACCAAAAGGCAAGUUGAUGCCUGACAAGGCGUCUGCGCCUUUCUUGCUCCCAUUGGAGAGCACAAUUAAGACAUUCAGCGCAUAAAAUAAAUACUAAACGAGAUGGAAAUACAGAGUGGUUGGUUAACAUUGAAACUGGAGUUAUUUCACAUUGAACAUUUAUGUACAAUCGGGAAAAUACUGUAAGAAACAACAGAAAAAAAAGCAAAAGGAGUGGUCAUGUAACGAGCCGUGCCUUCUGUAACGAGCCCUGUCUUAUUUUUUCUCUCUUGCUCGUUAUUCUUUGCUGUGCAGCAUACAGGCCCUUUUUGUGAAGUAGUUUGCUCUAGAGGAACAAGAUGCCGUUUCUGGCGACUUGCAAUCAAUUGCCUCAGUCGUGUGAAAGCGCACAAAUGUGAAACCAUUACCGUUUCUACACCGCUACUGUGGGAUCAGCUCUCGGAAAUGCAACUGGGUGAUUGCUAACCCGCUGUAUUCUAUUCAUUCUGCAAAUGUAGACCAAAAGAGGGAAGACGUGUGCCGUAUUAGGUUGCAAAAAUAGUGACUGGUAUGUAAAGAAUGGAAUGAAUAUGUGUGGUCGAGUUCACGGACUGCUGCUACACAAGGACUGCCUGUGUUGCUGGCCCUUUGCGAUGAAUAAAAAAAUGUAUCUCAUCUGCCAGCGCUGUAUCGUUAAGCUCCAAGCAAACGAGUUCAAACCCGGAACAUUGGCAAAGGUGAGUCACUCGCUACACAGUGACAAAAGGAGUAGCACCGCUUCCUGGCAUAGUAAGUUUCUCGCAUGUCAUCUACGCACAUCCACCCCAACUCACACGCAAACUUAUGCCCACUCUAUCGCGCACAUACCAGCAAUAAGUCAAUAGAAUGAAUGUGCCGAUGCAGGGGUCACAACCAUAGGCGCAGACUACCGAGGGGGGGGGGGGGGGAGGCUCCGAGGCCCGAGUCCAGAAGAUUUCGGGAGAGAGGCAUCGCCCCCCCCCCCAGGCGAUGCCGAAGCCUACCCCACCCCUCUCUAAACUGUCAUUACCAGAGUUCUGUUACCUACAUCACUUGCGGUUUCUUUUGAGUUGCCUCUACCUUCUCACUUAAAAUUGUGGCUAAAAAGCUUACUGCAUCAGUGCUGGCGCCGACGUGCACGGCUUUUAAUUUAUACUUUCGCUUUAUUUCUGCCAAUCCUGACAAUAGGGGGACAAAAGCAUUAGAAGGAUCAGCCUCGUAUAAUUCAUCCGUACUUUUUCAUUUGAACAUUUCUUUAAAAUUUGCACUGUGAACACUAUGCAGACACAGUAUGUUUAAGUAUAUAUACACAGGACAAGGCUUAUAUUUUUAAAGAGAAGGAGGUAGCCAACUAUUUUUAAUGGUAUGGAUAGCCGAUGCCUAGAGUACGAGUAGUGACACGUGUACCUAUUUAUCCUUUUCUCGGGAACUGCAUUUCACCCACUAACAACUUGAGGAUAUAGUAAGACGCGCCCGCAUGAUUACAACUUACUGGGCGUUAUCACUGGUUCUAUUCGUUGUUUGUUGUCACCGAACCUCGUGUAAUGUGAUUGUGUGCGCGACGCCAAUUGUGUAGUACCUUCUGGAAAAUACGCGGCACUAGCGAUUUCAGCAAUUACUCUGGAACCUUCGAUGGCUCGUGUAUAAAAGCCGAAGCGCUUGACCCGCAGAUUAGAUUCCGACGAUUGCCGACUGCGUUCCGACUGCUAUCGUGCCUGUUUGUGUAGCUGUUUGUGGGCAGUGUAGCCUGUUUUUGUUAGCACAGGUUCGCCCAAUAAAACAAGUUUCUUCAUUCACA